UAGAACGCAAAUAGGUUUAAAGUCUCGGGGCUUUACGCGAACGAAUCUGAAUAUAGGCCUCGGUCGGAGUCGACUUUGACCGCGCGCGCAUACGCUCAUACGCUCAACUGAUGACGCGUGCUCGCGCUUGCUCUCUCCCCCCUUAGGAUAAUGAGCGAGGGGUUUAGCGGGGAAGGGAGGACAAGAUACGGAAAACGCGUGUAAAACCAUAGCAGCAGGAAGGGAGGGCGGCACAGCAGGCAUUCCCGUCUUGGAGAAGAGUGGGGGAAGCCGGUAUCUCCGGGUUCAUGCUCCCUCAAGAGAGAGAGUUCGAGUCAGUCUUGUGAUCAGACUCCGAGCGUUCGUAGCUCGUUCUUCUUCAUCUUCCUCUACAAAUGAACGGACAAGCGAGCGAAUCAAAGUUGCAAUAGUUGUCUCAUCUCUCUAAUCGUUUCAAGAUCGAUUGUUCUCGACACUUUCUGAUAUCUAAUUCGUCGAGAUCUUUUUGUCUACUUUGUUCUCCCACGACGUUAGGUUAACUUUCGUCAGUUUCAUCAAGUUUCGCUUUUUGGCGACCUUCAGAGCUAGCUGCUUUAACAUAGCAGCUACGGAUUAAGAGUUGCACGAAGAGGAGAAAGAGAGAGAGACAGAGAACGAAAAAUCGUAUAAUUUCGAUCUCUCGUUGAUACGAGAUAGAAAGUGCGAAAGUUCUCGCGAAAGUUUGAUCGGCAAUUUCACAACGUGUCCAGCGAGUGAGCGAGUAAGCGAGCGAGUGAGCGAGCGCGGUAAUCGUCAGAGUAAGUUAAAGAAAGAAAGGCAGAGAAAGAGAGAGAGAGGUGAGUGUCUCGUGCACAAGCGACGUGAUUAUUCCAAGCAUGCACACCCUGAGGAGGCCCGAAAUUCUACAGUACGAAGGUGGCAUCAUGUCUGGUUAUCAAGUGUGCGGCGAUUUCCGGCGAGUCUAUCAUGAAUUACUGCAACGGUAUAUGGAUAUCGGCGAGGAUAUUGGGGUUCCCGAGGAUUUUACAAAGAGCGAGAUGAACUCGGGAACGUGGUGGCGUCAUUUGGUGUCCGGUGGCAUCGCCGGUACUGUUUCGCGUACCUGCACCGCUCCUUUAGAUCGCAUCAAGGUCUACCUGCAGGUCCACGGCACACGACACUGCAAUAUCAUGAGUUGCUUCAGGUACAUGGUGCGCGAGGGCGGCCUGCGCAGUCUGUGGCGUGGUAACGGCAUUAACGUGCUCAAGAUCGCGCCGGAGUCAGCGCUCAAGUUCAUGGCAUACGACCAGUUGAAAAAGGCCAUCAAGGGAACAGACGAAAAAUGCGAACUUGGUUUAUUCGAGCGCUUCUGUGCAGGGUCCUGCGCCGGCGGUAUUAGUCAGACUGUCGUUUACCCCCUCGAGGUGCUGAAAACUAGACUGGCGUUGCGGAAAACGGGCGAAUAUAGCGGAAUGAUCGACGCGAUCAGAAAGAUAUAUAGACAAGGUGGUAUAUCGUCCUUCUACAGAGGCUACAUUCCUAAUCUGAUCGGGAUAAUUCCGUACGCGGGCAUCGAUCUUGCCGUUUACGAGACGUUGAAGAAUAGCAUUGUUAUACAUAAACCGCUAUCUAUCUAUGACAAGAAAGAGAAACCGGCGUUUUGGAUCCUAUUGUUAUGUGGCACUAUGUCGAGCACGGCGGGUCAAGUGUGCUCGUAUCCACUCGCGUUAGUGCGUACACGUUUGCAAGCGGAAAUCGUACCCGUACCCGGCACACCUCAAACUAUGAUCAGCAUGUUCAAAGAUAUCAUCAGUCGAGAGGGCCUGCGCGGCCUUUAUCGCGGUAUUACACCCAACUUUCUCAAGGUUGCACCCUCAGUUUCGAUUAGCUAUGUGGUGUACGAGCACUUCCGACAUGCAUUGGGCGUCAACAUGACGUGAUAAACAUGCACACUAGGCCAUUUUUAUUAAUUAACUCAAUUAAUUUAUUUCCUUUCUCUCUUUGUAUCUAUCUCUCUUUCGCUCUUCACUUAUCACUCACGGUGAUAAAUAAAUGAGGAAGCGCGUUCGCUCGAUCGUUGAUUCAUUUCUCGUUGAAGAUGAGAAAAAAUAGAACAUGAUGCAAGUCAUUGCUGAUGAAGAUGACGAUGUUAUGAAGAAGAAAAUAAUAGUGGCGCUUAUUUAUUAUUAAGUGUUAAUUCUCGAAGCAUCGUAUUCUUCGAGUCACAUGAUCCUAGAAUGAGGAAGAAAGGCCAGUUCUCGAUUAUCACAAUUUAGUAAAGAAACAUGUCCUAACUUUAACGGCAACGUUCGAGUCGUCGACAGAGACAUUUAAAUUAUACGCUAAUUAUGAAAUUAGCAAAAAGUUUUAUACAUUCCAUCUUUAUUUUGGGAGAUAAAAUAAGAAAUAAUAGAAAAAUUUGAAUUAAUAGUAAAAUUAUUCCUAAACUUAGCAAUAUUCUUGUAUGUCAAAAAUUGCGCCAAAAAUAAUUGUCUCCAUCGACUCGAAUAUUGUCGAAAACACGUUCCGCUACGCUACACGUAAAAAUGCAAUGCAAUGUGAUGUGACACGAUAUGAUGUGACGUAAUGCAAUGUUUUGACCGACCUGAAACAGCGUGAGAUUUCGUUACGAUUGCGGUUUCUUGUUUCAAAGCUGGAAGAUAGCAAGUUUAAUACUGACACUGUGAUACGUAUAUUAUAACUGUAUGAACCAGAUAAUUUAAAUUUUUUUUGUAUGCUUUCUCUCAGCACGUCGUUUUGUUUGUUUUCCUUUUAUGCCCAAUAUCUUGUGAACGAGACGAGAAAGUAGCGAGCAAAAUUAUAUUUAGAAAUCGUAUAAAAUUUUUUUUACGUAUUUUAUUUUUCUUUAAAGGAAAGCUACUGGUACACGGAAUAUAAGCAUGGAAUUCAAAUAGAAGAGAGAUUCGUUAAAUUAAACAUAGAAUCAAGUCAAGUCUGAAAAGUUUCGAAUUUUUUAAAUUAAUGACUAUUACUAAUUUUCGUGAAUGUACGUAAAGAUUCAUUGAAACAGAAUAAAUAUGAAACCUUGAAAUUAAAUUAAA